CCCUUCGCAAUGGCAGCUGCCGGUUCAGUUCUCAAACGAUCUUCAGAGUAAAAGGAAGUGCAAGGGCACUGGGGAGGUUCAUUCCAUUCCUCAGACGAUCAAGGGAAAAAGUCGUCUGCCGCUAAGUUGGGAUGCGGCGGAAUGAGAGUUGUUGAUCUGGUCAGCUGUGAAGAUUUCUCUUUAUCUUUCAAGUUUGUUUGCUGGUUCUUUUAGAGGUCGAAAGUUUGAAGAAAGUGUCAUGGUCAAGAAUUCGAUGUGAUUUGAGCACGUUUUGUUUUGGAACAGUAGAGCUCGAAAUCUUUUAAGAGAUAUUUUUAUAGGAACUGAUCUUUCGUAUUAAAAAGGGGAAAAAGAGAUUCCAGAUAAUAUUCGUCUUGGUUGUUUAAAGAAUAUGGGUCCUCCAAUGUUUCAUUCGUGGUCUAUAGCCUUGUUAUUGUCUUACUGCAUUACAUUUUCAUCCAUAGUUUCUUCAAUGUCUGGCAACUGCACCAAGGGUCGAGUGACAUUCGAACGGACUCCUGGACUGCGUUUGCCAAGUGAAGAUCUUGUUGUAUUCGGUCCAUUGGAACUUCUGCCCAAGACAGCCCCUACAGCUUGUUACAGAAAAUGCCUGGAAAGUAACAACUGCGAGGGCUACUUUAUCGACCACGUGGACCAAAAGUGUAUUUUAGUGAGGGAGGACUCUCAGAACGUAUCCCUGGAGGGUCCGUUGCAGCAUAGCAGCGGCUGGAGCUACCAUCGGAAAAUCUGCUUGGAUGAUGCACCAUGUCAUAGACAGUGGUCUUUCGAUCGAAUUCCUGGAGUUCAGUUGUUUGGGUAUGAUGACAAACCUCUUUCCAACAUAGAAUCAAGAGAUGUUUGUUUGGAAAAGUGCAAUAUCGAAGACAGCUUCGUAUGUCGGUCAGCUCGCUAUGACCGCCUCAAGAACACCUGUGUUCUAAGCCGGCACGAUCGCCGAACAGCACCUGAAGCUUUCCGGAAAUCUUUGCGACAGGUGGAAUAUUUGGAAAAUCAGUGUGUAACAGAACCUUCUCGCUGCAUGUUUCAUCAACAGAGUGGUCGGACCCUUGUACAGGGAGGUCAUGUGCAUGUUCAAGGAUCGGCUGUGACGCGGGAAGAAUGUGAACAGGCCUGCGUUAACCACUCUGAUUUCACUUGCCGGUCAUUCGAAUUCGAUCCGGGUUCGAACUUAUGUCUUCUUAGCCCCGAUGACUCGUAUUCCAUAACUGAAGGGCUCCGCCCCCCAAAUGCUCAAGGACGCUAUUUCUAUGAAAGAGGAUCCUGUAUUGAGGUUCAUAUGCAUUGUGAAGCCACAUCCAUGACUGCUAUUGUGAAAGUGAUCACGCCAUUCAGGGGGAGACUGUACGCACUAGGCCAUCCCUACGAAUGUUAUGCUGUUUCAGUUAGAGCCAAUGGGGAAGUUGCUCUUACUAUGCCUUUGCAUGGACGCACAUGUGGAACUAAAAAUUUGGGAAAUGGAACAUUUGUAAACAGCGUAGUCGUUCAGCAUCACCCUUUCGUCUUACGAAGCACAGAUCGGAGAAUAGAUGUUGCCUGUGAUUAUGAAGAAGUUCAACGAAAGCUUCGAGGUGGUAAACAAGUCUUAGAAGGAGACCUGCAAAGCUUGACCCAGGUCAUCACUGGACUGGCCGCAACACCCCCUGUCCGACUGCGAGUUGUCAACGCUUCUGGCUAUGAAGUGAGAGGCGUGGAACUGGGAGAGCAACUCUACCUGAAAGUGGAAAUGUUGGAUGAAAGUGUCUUCGGCAUUUUUGGGAGUGGAUUGCUGGCCAGAAGCGGAAUGGGUACGGAGACGGUCAUGCUCAUUGACGACAGGGGUUGUCCCGUUGAGCCUGCAAUCUUCCCAGCUUUAGAGAAAUCAGGGGAUUCAAAAUCCUUAGUGGCUCCAUUUCAAGCCUUUAAAUUUGCAUCGGAAAGCACAGUCAAGUUCCAGUUGACCGUCUCCUUUUGUUUAGAUGUCUGCACCCCUGUACGAUGUGAGGACGAAGGUACCAAAGAGGUCCACCAGUCUUAUGGAAGAAGAAAGAGGUCCAGGGACCUCUCGGACACCCAGUCCCUAGAGCUGCAGUCCGGCGAUGUCGUUACCGAUAUAACCAUGGAGACCCCGCUGUUUGUGGUGAGCAGCGGAAAGCACCCACAAUCAUCCGAGAUGAGCAAUCAGCGUAAAUUUACCACGACGUCAGAGGGAAUCGAAGCCAUCCAGCUGACAGAGAUGGGCUUGUGCUUGACUCGUCCCGUCUUGUACACUGCAGUCUUGGUGGGAAGUGUAGCCCAGGUGGUCUUCUUCGGUCUCUGCAUCCUCUUCCUGGUGUUCGUGCGCAAGGCUAGGAGGAUGACUGGCCAACCCAUCGGUUACAUGAGCAGUCGUGGAUCAGUCUCCAGCAAACAAGAACUUUGUGCAAGCUCGUAGCCUAUAAGAGACAAAUCAGAUUGAGCGUGUACCAAAAUGAAUUAAUGAACAUUUGUAAAUGGAUGAACAAAGCUUUUUGAGUAUGUAAUACCCCUACAUAAUCCUGGAUAGAAAUUAAUGGGUUAUCGACAAAUUCAAUCGGCGCUGUAAAUUUACCAGUUUCCGAGAAGUUGGCAACUGAUCUUGGUAGAGAUGAUGAAGUGAUAAGAAAGCUGCUGACAGAUUAUCAUGGAUGAUUUGUCACCAAAUUUGAAUGCAAUGCCGCCGCAAAAAGCUCAGAUGUUAAUUUCUCGAAGUCAAGCUAUAGAUUUCUAAUUUUUUGUAUUGUUUCAUGAAUACAGGGAUUUGAAAAAAAUUUUCACUUUAAAUUUGUAAGGCUUUCGAAUAUCUAAAAAAAACAACAAACCUUAAUUAGAUAUGUGUUUAAUUCUGAAAUUCAAUAAUUAUGACUAAAUCUUUAGUAAUAUUUUUUUAAAAAUUAAUACUAAACUUUUUUUUAAACAAAAUUCCGAAAUAUUUUUUUGAAAACCAUUUCAAAAUGUGAUUUGUAAAAUAUGGAAUUCAAUCCAAUAAAUCUUAUUUUUCAAAACAAAAGUCUGAUAACAAUAAGAAUAUAAUAAUUCAUAAAUUAUUGGAAUUAAUUUGAACCAAAUUAAAAUUGGAUUCCAAUGAAUUUUUAUCGGUCAUCUCAGCAAGAUUGAAAUGAAAUAAGUACUCCCCUUAAGCCUUUUAUCUAUAUCCAGGAUUAUGUUGCACUUUGAAACAUACCGGAAGCUUUCCGUAAAGGAAACAAGAGACAUUACGCUAGCGAAACAAUCUUCACAUCUCGUUCCCUUCUCUUUUAUAUAUAUAAAUAUAUAUAAAGAAGCAAUUGUGCUAAAAAUGGGAAAAUAAACGCCUUUCCGCUAAAAGUAAAACGCAUUAUUAUUGAUCAAGAAGCUUGUGAUAACUCAAGAGGUUUUUUGGGUAGAGACGUUUUCACCGGUUGAAAUCGUUGCUGAAGCAUAGUUGACCGAUAAUUGCUGAUAUGCAAAGAUCUUAUCAGAUAAAAGACUGUGAACGCAUGCAUAAAUAUACGAAAUACGGCAGAUAAAAAUUAAUACAAUGUUUCAAUAUUAUCAUAUGUUGAUGUAUUUUUUAUCGUGAAGAAAUGCGGUAGCUUACUUAAGAAAUUUUCGCUGAAUGUACCGCUGUGAAAAUUGUUGAUGCUUUUUUUUUUUUUUAUCACCAGGCAAGAACAUUGCAGUUGUUUCUUUUUCCUUUAAUAUUGCAACUUCGUAGUUGCAAUUUAAAAUUAAAUGUGCAAUAACCAUGUCUCCGAGUUAUUAUUUUAUUUAUUUUUUAUUAUCAAAAUCAAUAGGACUAUUUCAUUUUCGUGAAUGCAAAAAAGAACUAAGAUAUGGAACCAACAAAAGUUUCUUUUAACAGAAUUUUUUAAUUGCUGGAAAUGAAUCUAUCAUUUAAAAGUUUAAAAUUUAGAUAUAAACAAAAACAGUGGCACUUGUAAUGUAAAUUUCAUAAAUUUAAAGUCAAUGAAUUCGAUCGAAUCAUUGAUAAAGAUGAUAUAGCAAAAUUAAAAUUCAUCAAUCAAAGUAGAUAAAGCAAUUAUAAAUUAUGUUUUAAAUUAUUUU